AUGUUGACCAAGGUCUCCUCACACCUGACCAACACGAACCAAAUCCUUGAAAAACUGCGGAAUUUGCGCCUCGGUUCAAGUUGCGUAAUAGUGUCAUUUGACGUCACCUCGCUCUACACCAACGUCCAAAAUGAACAAGCCCUACAAGCGCUAUCUGAAAUGUUGGAUGGGCUCGGUAGGAGCAUUGAGACUUUUGGACUCGGUAAAGCGCGUAUCAUGACUUUCAUCAACGAAUGUCUUGGUUGUAACAUCUUCAAGUGGUCAGCUUCUUACUAUCCUCAAAUUAGAGGUUUAGCCAUGGGUCAACGAUUAGCUCAUGUACUGGCGAUCUGCUUUAUGAGCAGAAUGGAAGAACCAAUAUUGGCACGCUCACCGUCGAUGUACUGUAGAUGUACAGAUGACUGCUGCAUUGUGACUUCAGUACAGUCCGUAAUGGAUGAGUGUUUCCGUAUAAUGAACGAGCAGUCACAGUACAUCAGGCUCACACGAGGAAUACUACAAGAUGGUCGGCUCUCCUAUCUCAACACUCAAAUCAAAGUGUUUAGCGGGUACACGUUAAGUGGUACCGAAAAAGAAGCUCGAACGUUUUGA